CAUGCAAUGUGACUUGAGCUUCAGAAAUUAGGGUUAAGUUUCGUUCCAAGUUCCCUCCAUUCACUUGAUGGUUAAAUAAUCGAAUUCCAAACCCUUGUAGUUGUACCGCACAGGCCCCGUAAUUAUAAGAAUUUCACCACCACUUUCAUUUCAAAGGGUUCCCACUUCCCACCCAACCUCUCAUUCCCUCAACAAUCUUUUACGGAACCUCAAAAAUCCUGACUGUUGUUGCACUUUUCAGAAACUACGGUUUCUCAGAUUCCACUUGAGCCACAUUAUUCAAAAACAAAUCGAAGCUGCUUCGUAUGCUUCAAUCUCCCAACUUGUUCAGAGUCAUUAGACAUGAUUGUUUCCAUGCUUUGAUCUUCAAAGGACCUUACUAUAGCUAUAUUCACGCCCUUCUCUGAGAUGUACACGGUAAAUGGAUAUGUUUCAGCUAGAGGGUGUCAACUAUGAAGGUUGUUAUGAAGACAUAAGGAAUGAAAUUUAGGAUAUGGUUAAGUCCGCCUUGAUGUCACUUGGCCUACUUGUUAGUGAUAACUGUAAAAUCCCAAUAAUCGGGACUAAUUGGUGUUUGUGUCGGUGUUCAGCAUCAAUGUUGUUGGCAAGUAAUAGUGAAAGGAAAUGCUGAGGAAGAAGAUCCACUAUGUCAGGUUUUGCUUGGGUUGAGUGGUUAAAAGUUUCCUUUUUUAUAGAAAACCCAAGAAAGCUUAAAUGGUAGUUACAAAAUUGAUUACGUUGAUGAAAAAAUGUUCAACUGUGAAGCAGGCAAAGCAAAUCCAUGCCCACAUAUUGAUCAAUGGUCUUACCCGUCUUCAACCCCUUUUAAUCCAUCACAUGCUUCUCUGGGAUGUCACUAAUUACAGAACCAUGGCACACUAUGCCUACUUGAUGCUUCACCAUUUACAUAAUCCUGAUUCUUUCUCGUGGGGUUGUGUAAUUCGAUUCUUCUCUCAAAAGGGUCUAUUCACUGAAGCCGUUUCUCUCUAUGUUCAAAUGCACAGGAUGAGCUUGUGUCCAACUUCACAUGCUAUAUCCUCUGCUCUCAAGUCAUGUGCUAGGAUUCAGAACAUGUUGGGUGGUGUGUCAAUUCAUGGGCAAGUUCAUGUGUUUGGGUUUAAUACCUGUGUUUAUGUACAAACUUCCCUUCUAGAUUUGUACUCAAAAAUGGGUGACAUGGCAACUGCUCGGAAGGUGUUUGAUGAAAUGGCUGAGAAAAGUGUGGUUUCCUGGAAUUCUUUGUUGUCUGGCUAUGUAAAAGCUGGUAACUUGGAUGAGUCUCGAGAUUUUUUUUACGAGAUUCCUGGGAAAGAUGUCAUAUCUUGGAACUCUAUGAUCUCUGGAUAUGCUAAAACAGGAAAUAUGGAUCAGGCAUGUACUUUGUUUCGACAAAUGCCAGAGAGAAACCUGGCCUCCUGGAAUGCAAUGAUUACUGGCUUCAUUGAUUGUGGAAGCAUAGUGUCGGCAAGAGAAUUUUUCGAUGCAAUGCCGAGGCGAAACUGUGUCUCUUGGAUAACAAUGAUUGCUGGGUAUUCACAGAGUGGGGAUGUUGACUCUGCUCGUAAACUAUUUGACCAGAUGGAUCACAAAGAUUUGCUCACAUAUAAUGCUAUGAUAGCUUGUUAUGCUCAAAAUAGCAAACCCAAUGAAGCCCUUGAGCUAUUCAAUGAUAUGCUUAAACCAGAUAUCAAUGUACAUCCAGAUAAGAUGACUUUGACUAGUGUUAUAUCAUCUUGUUCACAAUUGGGGGAUCUGGAACACUGGUAUAGCAUUGAGUCACGAAUGAAAGACUUCGGAAUUGUAUUGGAUGAUCAUUUGGCUACUGCUUUAAUAGACUUGUAUGCAAAAUGUGGAAGCAUUGACAAGGCAUAUGAGCUAUUCCAUAGCCUGAGAAAGAAAGAUUUGGUUGCGUAUUCUGCAAUGAUCUAUGGCUGUGGAAUUAAUGGAAAGGCAUAUGAUGCAAUCAAGUUAUUCGAACAGAUGCUUGCUAAAUGCAUUGGUCCUAACUUAGUAACCUACACUGGACUCCUAACUGCUUAUAAUCAUGCUGGUAUGGUUGAAAAAGGUUAUCAGUGCUUUAACUCCAUGAAGAACUAUGGACUGGUGCCUUCAAUGGAUCAUUAUGGAAUCAUGGUUGAUCUAUUGGGGAGGGCAGGAUAUCUGGAUGAAGCAUAUAAACUUGUAAUAAAUAUGCCAAUGCAACCAAAUGGUGGUGUUUGGGGAGCUCUGCUUCAUGCAUGCAGAUUACACAAUAAUGUGGAACUUGGGGAAAUAGCUGUCCAGCAUUGCAUUAAGCUGGAGAAUGAUACAACUGGUUAUUGUUCUCUUCUUUCUAGCAUAUAUGCUACUGUUGGAAAAUGGCAUGAUGCCAAGAAGUUUAGAAUGGAUAUGGAAGGAAAGAAAAUCAUCAAGAUACCUGGAUGUAGUUGGACAAGUAUCUAAUUUACAGUUUAAUGUUCAUAUAUUAUUUGUGAAGAAAAUAUACACUAUUAAUUAUAUAG